AUGCCAGAGUUGCCUUGGUUACCUCAAGGCAAUGAAUACUUUAACCACAAACCGAAGAAGGGCUUACAAUUUUUUCAAGAGCAUGGUGUUUUAAGUGCUAAGUUUGAUUCGCAAGAAAUUGUAACCUUUUUACGAGAAAACCCGGCUCUCGAUAAGGUUAAAAUUGGAGAGUACAUAAGUAACAGAAAUAAUCUACAAAUACUUGAAGCUUAUGUAAAGAUGUUCGAUUUUACCAGUAUUAGAAUAGACGACGCAUUGCGGAUGUAUUUAGAAACGUUUCGAUUACCUGGAGAAGCGCCUCUUAUUUCCCUCGUUCUUGAACAUUUUGCUGAUCAUUGGCAUAAAUGUAAUGGAGAACCAUUUGUAAAUGCAGACGCUGCAUUUACAUUGGCUUAUGCAGUUAUAAUGUUAAAUGUGGAUCAACACAAUAAUAAUGUUAAAAGGCAAAAUAAUCCAAUGACUUGUGAGGAAUUUAAGAAGAAUCUAAAAGGCGUCAAUGGUGGUUUAGAUUUUGAUCAGAACAUGCUUGACGAAAUUUACAAUGCUAUCAAGAACGAUGAGAUUGUAAUGCCAGCGGAACAUACAGGUUUAGUAAAAGAAAAUUACUUGUGGAAGGUAUUACUCCGACGAGGAUCCACGAAAGAAGGUGUCUAUUAUCAUACAGCCAGUGACGAUUUUGAUGAAAAUCUUUUUUCUUUAAUUUGGGGGCCCGUGGUUUCUGCUUUAUCGUUUGUGUUUAGCAAAUCUGAAGAUGUGAAUGUUUACAAACGUGCUCUGAAUGGUUUCGAAAGUUGUGCUUCAAUUUCUGCUCAUUUUACCAACACUAAAAACUUGGAUAUGCUCGUGUUAACUUUAUGUAAAUUCACAAUGCUUCACAAUACACAGCAAAAAGUUAAUCCGGUAGCUUUUGGUGCGAGUCCGAAAGCUCAAGCUGCUUUUAAGGCAGUUUUUGCCAUGGUACACCAGCACGGAGAUAAUGUCCGUGAAGGUUGGAAGCAUGUAUUGCUUCUGAUUCUUUCGUUAUAUAAUGCAAACCUUGUACCAAAGACAUUUCUCGAAGUUGAAGAUUUUACCGAGCCAGAUGGCAAAAUUUUGCUCAUUUGCGAACCGGUUCAAAUGCAGAAGCAAGAUUCGAACAUUUUCAGUUCACUCUACUCGUAUAUGGUAUCUUCGUCCUCCUCUGAAAAUCUAAACAAUAAGAUGCGAACGAUAGAAGAGCAACAGGCUGAAAAAUGUAUUGAACAGUGUAAUUUAGAUCAACUAAUUACUGAUUCGAAAUUCUUACACGAAGAAGCGCUUCAAGAACUAGUUAAAGCACUUAUAGAUCUUUCAUGGGGACCAGAUGUCGAAAAGUCCCUUGGCUGCACGUAUAACGAAAACGUGACCGUGUUUUUCCUGGAACUGUUACUAAAAGUAGUAAUUCAGAAUAGGGAUCGUGUGAUGUCGAUUUGGCAAGUGGUUCAUAAUCAUCUGUAUACUUUGAUAGUGAAUGCUUCACAUCUCGACUACCAGUUUCUUCUUGAGAGAUCGGUAGUAGGACUUUUGCGACUUGCUAUUCGGCUGAUGCGUAAUGAAGAGAUGAGUCCUGCAGUGGUGCAAUCAUUGCGAAUGCUACUCUUACUUAAAACUACGACCUUAUUCAAGAUAUCUAUACAGAUCUCGUGUGGUCUUUAUGAGUUGUUGAAAACAUCUGCACAGAAUAUACACACGAACACAGACUGGAGUAUCAUAUUCACGCUGCUAGAAUGUGUUGGAGCUGGUGCACUACCUCCCAAACCUCUUUCCGACGAAAUACUUGCCGAACAAGAGUUAAAAUUAGAAGGAAAUGGGACAGGUGAAGAAGAAGUAACUGUUUCUGAAAAGGGUUACCAAUCGGACUCAGAAGUCAUUACGCCAGUUUCAAAAGACAGCUCUAGAUCGCAAAGUCCCGUUGCUGCUGUGACCUGUACAAACCCUUCAACCCCAGUUAACACUCCUACGAAUCAUGGUGGAUGGAUUUUGUUAGGUGCAGAAGGUGAAAUUCAACCCGUCAUUGGCAGAACUCUUUCGGCAGAUCAGUAUGGUUUAGCACUGGACUGUAAUUUGGGUCUCCAUAAACCGAAAUCACUUCUUAAAUGCUGCGAAAGCCUAGCAUUUCUAGUCCGAGACGUGGCCCAUAUAACACCCUAUAAUUUCGAUAACUGUGUCCACUGUGUUCGCACAUUCGUUGAGGCCAGUUUAAAUGGUGGUAAAAUAAAAGAUUCAACUUCAACUAGAGAAUCGAGAUCAAGGAAGAUGUCAAGAACAAGAAGCAGUCAUGGAAGAAGCCCCGCCACUAGCAGUCCAGAUGAAGACGAUAGUGAAGAUGAAUAUGUUCCUAGUGGUUAUUAUCAAACUUCAAUACAGUUACUAGAUUUGAUGCACACGCUGCAUACCAGGACAGCUCAAAUAUUUAGAUGGUGGGCGGAAGAAGGAGGUGAAAUAGCCAAAGAAACAUCGUUAUGGGGUCAAGGCUGGUGCCCUCUCCUGCAAGGUAUCGCCAGAUUAUGCUGUGAUAAUAGACGUCAGGUAUAUUAA